AUGAGCUUUAAUGAGAAGGUGAAGUGGGUACUAGGCACUGCUGUUGCGACUCUAGUUACGAUAAAGUCUGUCGAAGCCGUAUAUCGCCUCUAUGCAGCUAAGCAGAACACUAGCAGGAGCAUUUCUGGGGAGGAGAAGGACGUAAGACUGGCCAAACGGAUUCGUGAGUCUAGGGCGUACGAUGAGGAAUUAUAUCGGGAGCAGUUAGCUCGGAACUACGCAUUUUUGGGCGAAGACGGUAUGGCACGACUACAGGAACAGUACUUCAUAGUGGUGGGCGCAGGUGGAGUCGGUUCCUGGGUGGUGACAAUGCUCGUACGUUCUGGUUGCAGAAAGAUUAAGGUUAUCGAUUUUGACCAGGUCUCACUCAGCUCCCUAAAUCGGCAUAGUUGCGCCACGUUGAACGAUGUCGGGCAUUCCAAGGUUGAGGUCUUGAAGUCGCAUCUACUCAAGAUUGCGCCGUGGUGUGAGAUUGAGGCGGUAAAUGAGCUUUGGCAUAUAGACAGCGCAGAACGCCUGAUAUUUGGGAACGACGGACAAGAUAAACCUACCUUUGUCAUUGACUGUAUUGACAACAUCAGCACAAAGGUCGAUCUUCUGGAGUAUGUCUACCGUAAGGGCAUUCCGCUCAUCUCCUCCAUGGGAGCCGCUACCAAAUCGGACCCAACCAGAAUUAACGUGGGCGACUUGAGCACCACGGAGGAAGACUCCCUAUCUCGCUCUGUCCGGAGAAGACUGAAGCAGCGGGGCAUCACGAAGGGAAUACCUGUAGUAUUCAGUGCGGAAAAGCCUGACCCCAAGAAGGCUAAGCUGCUGCCGUUACCAGAGGAACAGUACCUGAUGGGGAAGGUGGAUGAACUGAGUGCGCUAAAGGACUUCCGUGUCCGGGUGCUACCCGUGUUGGGAACCAUGCCGGGCGUGUUCGGCUUGACAAUCGCUACGUGGGUCUUGUGCUCCAUUGCCGGCUACCCAAUGGAACCAAUCGAGGGCAAAAAUAGAAUAAAGCUCUAUGACGGGAUUUAUCACUCAUUGGCGGGCCAGAUGUCCCGAAUUGGCAUGCCAGACCAGAGGGUUCCCGUUUCCGUGGCUGACGUCGCCUACCUGGUGGAGGAGGUCUAUAGAGGGAAAUCGCCGGUUAGCGGCUACUCCACGCGGCUCACACUAUCUAAGUGGGACCCGUCGCAGCCGGUGUCACUCCAGAACGUUGUCCUGCUGACGAAGGAAGAGCAGACCGCGCACGAGGCGCGCAUCCUGAACGGCGACGAGCGCUUGGAGGACGUGUACAGCCCUGAAGUCAUCGCGCUGGUCCACCAGCGCCUGCAGGAGGAGAAUUACUACUCACAGUUCCGAUAG